CCUGAGUCAGCCACAUGCUGCAGACCCCCGCCCCAAUGCGCCGCCCAGUGCUGUGUCAUUCCCGCGGAUCCGAGGGAGAUAUAUGCAUGGGAAUGUUAUCAUACUCCGUACAAUUGUCCGAUCUUCUGAGCAUGCGUGUGUUCUAACCAUUGACUAACCAUUGACCGUGCUUUGUUAUCUAUUAAUUCCGUCCCCAUCAUAUGUAUAUGGUCGCUUAAUCACCCUUCUUCUUAACCUGAUUUCGCAAUCGCAUUACUCGUUUCUGCCAUGUCGAACUUACCAUCUCAUGCCUCGCCGACAUUCACGGCGCAGGCCUCUUCCUCUCAUCAAGCUGUCGAUGAUAUACCUCUGGACUCAACCUCCGUGGCUCCAACGUCAUUGAACAGCAGAAUAGGCGAGCUCCGUGGUGAUGCCGCAAAUCAAACUGACGCCACAGAGCACACCCGAGGCGAUAUUACCCCCGCAGUGCCCGCUUCUCUUCUCUCCCCUUCCUUCACACCUCCAGCGACACCAGGUGGCACGAUAAACCAAGCGCAACUACUUCAGCAGACUCAACAACCCACACACAUUAAACCCCCUAAGCUCCUCUCCUGCCUUCCAAAUGUUGAGUGUAUUGUUCGCGCACGGAUCCCAACCACCAAUGGAGCGGAGAUGUUCCUUCACCUCUACCACAAUGACUUAGACAACAAAGAGCAUUUAGCAAUUGUAUUCGGAAACAAUAUUCGGUCCCGAAGUUUGGAUGCAGUCCGUCCGGGGGAAACGGAAAUGGACCGAAUGAUCCGUGGGGCAUACAUCGGUACCCUCCGUCCCGGCCGAGUGAGCAGUUGGUAUGAUAGUUCCACAAAUACCGAGAGCGCUUCUAGUGGACAAGAGCGGAGCACCCCAGGUGCCCCUACUUCGUCACAGACACCAGAGUUAGCGCAGAGUAACACAAACCAAGCGCCGCUGGUUAGAAUCCAUUCGGAAUGUUACACCGGCGAAACGGCAUGGUCCGCACGCUGUGAUUGUGGUGAACAGCUCGACGAGGCGGCACGCUUGAUGUCUCUCCCGAUGGAAACUUUGAAUGAGGUGGCGUCCCAGCAAGAUUUAUCUGUACCUUCGAAUGCAUCUGGAGGCGUGAUCAUUUACCUCCGCCAGGAAGGCCGCGGGAUCGGCCUAGGAGAAAAGCUUAAAGCGUAUAAUCUUCAAGACCUUGGAUCGGAUACCGUUGAAGCCAAUUUACUCCUUCGACAUCCCGCGGAUGCCAGAAGCUAUGGCCUUGCCACAGCGAUGUUGGCAGAUCUUGGUCUAGGUGUCGAUUCCAACCCACAUGGAAUCCGCCUACUUACAAACAACCCUGACAAGAUCCGAGCGGUCGAGGGACCGAACCGGGAAGUUGUUGUGAAGGAAAGAGUACCGAUGGUGCCCUUGGCCUGGCGAACAGGCGGGAAGAUGGGAAUUACGAGUUCUGAAGUCGAGGGUUACUUGCGGACAAAGAUCUCGAAGAUGGGCCACAUGCUCCAAUAAAUUAUCCAAUUCCAACAUUUUCUUGCUUUUUAUGUCUUACACGAUUUUACCGAUGAGUUUUACGUGGAGGUGCUGUCGCUUCGAUGCUUUCCUGCUUUUUGCUGUAUAAAAGGGCUCUUUGAUGAUUGCUUGUCUUAUCUACGGUGCUGUAUAUCUCUCAUAUUUGGCUUUCUCUAUACGAUCAUUUGCCUAGUAUUACGUCGGACUACGUCUUGGGGCAUCAUGAUAUAUUACUAGAUUGGGCAUUGUCUGUGAUGCGUUACCGGGGUUAGGGGGUGACCGUUCGAGCUUUUGGCUUCAGGAUUGGAAUGCUAAGGACCCUGCCAUAUACAAUUUAAUACGUUUGGUAUUGUAAAAUAAAGGAGGCAAAAUUGGCGGAUUGUCAUGUGAAUGUUCCCACCCCUUGGUUUUAUACAUACAUAACAUACAUAACCGCUCGUCUGUUUGUUGUUGUUGUUGUUUUCUCACUG